CCGCCCCCGUGUCCGAGAGCGUAAACACGGAAAUGUCUGAGCCGGAAGUGGGAGAAAUAUGUCCAGGAUGGGGAUUCGGUGCAAUGUGCAGUGUUACGGUCGAGGAGAGAUCCAUGAGGAGAUUGUGAAGAAGCUGGACAUCUCCCGUUGUGAAGGGCCAGGGGUUCCCUGCGUUCUCUUUGUCUACAAAGUGUCUCAUGAAAUUCAGAAUAUUUGAAAUGCCCUUCACUGGGUCACAGGAGGAGGGACAGUGCGGAAGGAAGACAUUUGUGCCGUGACUCUAUUGCAGAAAUCCCCAGCUGUCCGAGAGAAGAAGAUAACGCUAGAUCCAGGGUUAUUCCAUAAGGGAACUGAAGUUUUUCACGUAUCCUGGAUGGAUUCCAGUAGCUGGUGGAGUAGAUCGAAGACGUACCAGUGCCCCACAGUGAUUCAGACUGUCAAACAGAGUCUCAUCGACAGGACCCGAUCCAGAGGAAGUUCCUGCUCCGUGCAGCGUUAUGGUCGGGGAGACGUCCAUGAGAAGAUUGUGAAGGAGCUGAAAAUCUGCCAGUGUGAAGGGCCAGGGGUUCCCUGUGUUCUGUUUGUGUACAAAGUGUCUCAUGAAAAUCAGGAUCUUCGAGAUGCCCUGCAGUGGGUCACAGAUAUUUUGGACAGAAGCGAGUGUUACGUGGGCAAGUGCUGAUGAAGGCCACGCAGUGAUUCAGACCGUCAGACAGACUCUCAUCAACAAGACAAAAUCCGGAGGAGGGUCCUGUCCCGGGUCGAGCGAGGAUCAGCAGGGCAGUGAGACUCCCUCACUGUGCAGUGCGCCCACCUCGAUGUGCAGAGAGCAACCAGAUCAUUUGACAUCUUCAACCUGCACGCAAGUGAAGAGCGAAAAGAGCUCAGAGAAGUUUCAGUGUAACGGAAUCACCCUGAGUGAAAUGUGCUGGUGUGAGGCAGCCUGAGUGAGCACAGGUUCUGUGUUUAACAGUGCAAUGUUAUGGUCGAGGAGCCGUCCAUGAAGAGAUUGUGAAGCAGUUGAAUAUCAACGAGUGUGAAUGGCCAUGGAUUCCCUGUGUCCUGUUUGUCUACAAUGUAUAUCAUGAAAUUGAGGAUUUUCGAAAUGCCCUGCAGUGGGUCACAGGAGGCGGAAGAGCGCAGAAGGAAGACAUUUGUGCCCUGAUUCUGUUGCAGAAAUCCCUGGAUGUGGGAGAAGGGAAGAUAAGGACCUAUCCAGGGUUAUUCCAUGAAGCAACAGCAGUUCAGAGUACUUUGGAGAGAAACCAGCGAUAUUUUCAAAAGGAGGAAAGCUGACUGCCAGUGUCCAAAUACGAUUCGGGCCAUCAGACAGAGUCUCAGUGACCGAACCAGAUCCAGAGAACAUUCCUCCUCCGGGUCGAGCGAGGAUCGGCAGGGCAGUGAGACUCCCUCAUUGUGCAGUGAGCCCACCUCGAUGUGCAGAGAGCAACCAGAUCAUUUGACAUCUUCAUCCCGCACGCAAGAGAAGAGCGAAAAGAGCUCAGAGAAGCUUCAGGGUAACGUGCAAUGUUACGGUAGAGGAUCCGUCCAUGAAGAGAUUGUGAAGCAGCUGAAUAUCAACGAGUGUGAAUGGCCAAGGAUUCCCUGUGUCAUGUUUGUCUACAAUGUGUAUCAUGAAAUUGAGGAUUUUCGAAAUGCCCUGCAGUGGGUCACAGGAGGCGGAAGAGCGCAGAAGGAAGACAUUUGUGCCGUGAUUCUGUUGCAGAAAUCCCGAGAUGUGGGAGAGGGGAAGAUAAGGACCUAUCCAGGGUUAUUCCAUGAGGGAACAGCAGUUCAUCGAGUACUUUGGAGAGAAACCAGCGGUAUUCUCAAGAGGAGGUCAGCUGACUGCCAGUGUCCAAAUACGAUUCGGGCCAUCAGACAGAGUCUCAGUGACAGAACCAGAUCGAGAGAACAUUCCUCCCCCGGGUCGAGCGAGGAUCCGCAGGGCAGUGAGACUCCCUCAUUGUGCAGUGAGCAACUAGAUCAUUCAACAUCUUCAACCUGCACGCAAGAGAAGAGCGAAAAGAGCUCAGUGAAUCUUCAGUGUAACGGAAUCUGGAGACUCUGAGGAACAAGUUGUGUAACUACAAACCCCCUGAGGGCUGUGGAAACUCCUGUAUAAACAUCCUGCUCGUCGGCCUGGUGGGGGCUGGGAAAUCAUCCAUCAUCAACACUUUCCUCUCGGCUCUGGAUCCAGAAGGGACAACCAUAACCUGUGCCCCGACGGGGAUGAAUCCCCGGUCUCUCACAAAAGAGCUCAGGUCCUACAGAGCAGGGGGUUUAAAGUUCUGGGAUUCAUCUGGAUGGAAUGCUCUGGCAAACAUGGAUCGGACAAAGAGAGUGUUACAGAUGAUCCUGGAAGGGAGAGUUCCCAAAGGAACAAACGUGAGUUUCUGCUGUUACUUUUGUUACGAGAAUACACAUAAAAUUAAGAUGUUUGCUGGCCUGGGCUAGCAUCAGUGGCAUCAGCAGUUGGUCUGCCACCUGCCCUCAGGGGAAGGAGAGAUAAGGAACAAUGGAGCAGCGUCCGGAGAUGUGUAAUGAAGGGAUGUGGGAGGGAGAGCUGUCUGGAGCGGCUCCCCCCUUUGAACCCUGAACUGUUUGAAGUGAUGGACAGGCGAUACCCCAGCAGGGGGAUAAAAAGGGACAGGUUCGCUAAGGCAGGACACACGCCACCCGAGGUAACGAGACCCUGGAAGCGGUGCGCCUCUCACGAGUGGGUGAGAAGUGCCAGACAACGACAAGGGUGGAAAGGUACGAUCAGCGGGAACCCGGUGUGUGUCCGCCCUUGCCUGGGUGCCGGGUUCACUGCAGAGGAUCGACCGCAUCUGGAGGAGGGGUCACAGUCGGUGACCUCAGGUGACAUCACCAAGGACCUGCCCAAAAGCUGUUUGUGAGCCAUCUCGCUGGUCUGUGAGCCAUCUUGCUGGUCUGUGAGUGAAGCCGUUCUGAAUGAUCAGUUGUUCCUGUUCUCUCUGUCUCUUCCCCCACCUUGUCCAUCGCCAUGGCAACGAUUACUGCGAACUGAACUACUAACUGGACUGAACUUUGAGUCAUUUUGAAAUUGGUCAUUUACCCCUAGACAACGAUAGAGCUUGAUUGAUGCUGUUAUCUUAAUUCUGUGCACAUGUGCGUUUAUCAUCGCUGAACUGUUGCAUUUAUUAUCCUUUCGAUUAAUGUGUUGCUUGUUUCUUUAAUAAAACUUUCUUAGUUCUAGUACUCCAGACUCCAACUGAGUGAUCCAUUUCUGCUGGUUUGGCAACCCAGUUACGGGGUACGUAACAUAAGUGGGGUUCUCGUCCGCGAUUUUGAACGCUAAAUUUGGGACGGAGUAAAUUGAUUGGGUUAAAAUUCCCGAAAGAAAGAAAAGACAAACAGCAGAAAUGGAGGUUGAGGAAUUUAUAAAGGCGCCGACCUUGGAGGCAUUAGAGGAUGCCAGGAAAUCGGAAUUGAUAGCUGUGGCCAAACGGGUGAAUCUUGCUAAGGUGAAGUCGACAAUGAGGAGAGAGGAGAUACACAGAGCUAUUGUAGAGCACUAUGUAUCUAAAGGUGUGUUUCCCCAAGGUGAGCUGGGGGUGGUGUCUAUUGAAAAACCUGCUGGAGACGCGGUACAGGUACAGCUUGAAAAACUGAGACUCGAGCACGAGUUCCGGGUACGGCAGUUAGAACACGAAGAGAAGCAGUUAGAAAGGCAGGAGAGAGAGUUAGAAAGGCGGGAGAAAGAGAGAGAGUUAGAAAGGCGGGAGAGAGAGAAAGAGGUAGAAAGGCAAGAGAGAGAAAGACAGUUGGAGAGAGAAGAGAGAGAGAGGGACAGACAGUUGGAGAGAGAGGAGAAACAGAGGGAAAGGGAAUUUGAGCUGGAGAAGUUAAAGAUAAGGGCCGAGCAGGGGCUCGUGCCGAACCAAGGUGGAGGGUUCCGGGCGACCCAGGAGGUAAGGCUGGUUCCCCCAUUUGACGAUACCGAUGUGGAUCGGUACUUUCUCCAUUUCGAAAAAGUGGCUAUAAGUCAGGACUGGCCGAGGGAUAAGUGGGUUGUUUUACUUCAGAGUGUACUGAAAGGGAAGGCCCAAGAAGCUUACUCAGCUUUGUCCGCGGAAGAUGCCCAGAGGUAUGAGGUGAUGAAAGAGGCCAUCCUCAGGAUUUAUGAGUUGGUCCCGGAGGCAUACCGGCAGAGGUUCCGGAAUGCGAGGAAGCGGUGGGACCGCACGUAUUUGGAGUUUGCUCGUGAGAUGCAAACAUAUUGUGAGCGUUGGUGCGCCUCGAAGGGGGUAGAGGGGGAUUACGACAGACUGCUGCAGCUGAUUCUGAUUGAGCAGUUUAAAGGUUGUGUCCCUGAGGGUAUGAGACCCUACCUCGAUGAGAAAGAGGCAGCCACGUUAGCCGCAACUGCUAAGUUAGCGGAUGAGUAUGCGUUGACGCAUAAAAUGAAGUUUGCCCCGAGUAAAGGCUACCAGAAGGGUAGUCAGGACGGCGGGGAGAGUCCACCGGAAAAGUCAGAAAGUAAGCCGGGGACUAGUGAAAAGGAUAAGGUAGACCGGGAGCAGUCUGGUAGGAAGUCUCCUGGGGUCGUCUGUUAUAAUUGUGGGAAAGUCGGACACUUUGCGUCCAGGUGCUUUGCCCCAAGGAAGGAGACGGGGAAAGGAAAAGCGGAAAUUUUGAAUGGCUGUAUUGAGCUGUUAAGCGAACCGCUAGGGAAGGACAGGUCUGAAAAAGUCCAGGAAGGGCGCGAGAGGUUUAUCUCGGCCGGAUUGGUGUCAGUGAAGGAGGGGUUAAAACCAGUUCCAGUGCGGAUCUGGAGAGACACGGGAGCGUGUCAGUCACUAAUACUGAAGAGUGUAUUAGAGUUUAGCUCAGAGACCCAGACUGGGGAGGUAGAGGUCAAAGGUGUUGGGGAAGGGACAGAGUCAGUCCCUUUGCACCAGAUACAUUUACAGAGCAACCUGGUCUCUGGACUAGUCACGAUCGGGGUGAGGUCCGAAUUACCGAUGAAAGACGUGGAAGUCUUGCUCGGUAAUGACAUCGCCGGAGGAAUCGUGUUCCCAGUCGUGAGAUUGACGGGUCAGCCUGCCAGCAUGGAGGCCCCGCCCGCGAUGGUGAAUUUGGCUGAAACAUUUCUGCCAACCUUCUAUGAGACAGGGUGUAGUGAGAUAAGAGGUAGUGAGGGAGCUGGGACAGACGUAGCAGUAGCCAGGAAAGAAUUUGUGCAGACGCAGGAGCGAGACGAGGGGCUGAUGGUUUUUGCCGAGACCGCUCUCUCUGACACAGCCUUGACAAGCUAUUGUGCGGAUGAGGAAGUGCUAAGGAAGAAAGGGAAAUCAAGUACAGCAUCCGCAGAUGAGGAGUGGGGGGUGGUGCAAAAGAGUUAUGGGGAUGAGGUUUUUAACAUGGCCCACGAGGUACCCCCCGGUGGACAUCUUGCGGUGCUGGAGGAAACAGUUGGUGGAAUCAUGAAAGAGAUUUACCGGCUGCCCAGGGGGAAAAAUGUUAUUGAUCAUGACCGACGCGAACUGAGACGGUCACCGGCUUUUGAUAUGCUAACAAACCUAGUCGGUGUUAGCGUGGAAAUCAAUGAAGCUAGGGGCCCCCUGAUAAGAGAAAAGAACCAUUUUGAAAAGAUUAGGAUGGGAUCGGUCAGAUGGGAGAAGGCUAUUGUUUUGGCCAGGUCUACUGAUAAGGUCUCUCCCUUAAUCCCCGAACAAAGCAAAUCUUUAGAAGGAGUAAUUAAACGACUCGCACCUAUGUGUUUGAUUGUCCCGAGGAAAUGCAAAGAACUGGGACGUUGGGUGAUUGUGGUUACAAUAGGGCAGCCAAGUAAACAACACCCAUAUUUUUCGAGUAAUUCAGUGACUAAAGGGCUGAUGAACACAGAGGUGUGUAUUGGCAAUUUAACACGGCUGUCUGAAGCCAGUUUGAUAGUGAACCUUGAAAAAAAUGAAUUCGGCCACACGAGGGUCACUUACCUGGGAAUUGUGGUGACACAGGGGCAGCUGGCAGUGAUGCAAGCUACAGUGCAGGCUAUCGCUGACCACCCAACCCCGACAGACAAGAGGGCCCUCAGAAGGCUUUUGGAGAUGGUGGGGUACUGCAGGAAGUUUUGCAAUAACUCUGCGGUCAAUACCCGUCCCCCUCCUACUAGCCCUUGCGAGAGAAAAUUGAGUCGGAAUGGGACGACCCUUGUUAUUGUGGUCCGGGACAAAACCAAAUGAGAGGUUACAUUGGUCGCAAUUCAUCAGUGUCUUUGGCCACUAUGAAGUUUGCUGAGUUGGAGCCUGGUCUAAGGGAUUAUUAAUAACACGUGUAAAAGGAACAGAAAAUGUGAUGACUGUCUGUCAAGGUGUUGACAGCUUCAAAUUCUCUGUAUUAGCCAAAUAGCUGAUAAAGAUGUAUAUUGUGUAUGUAUCAGAUAAUGUAGUCAUGUUUGUAAUUUUUACCUCCCGGUAAAAAUCCUUAAAGUGGGGAGGUGUUACGAGAAUACACAUAAAAUUAAGAUGUUUGCUGGCCUGGGCUAGCAUCAGUGGCAUCAGCAGUUGGUCUGCCACCUGCCCUCAGGGGAAGGAGAGAUAAGGAACAAUGGAGCAGCGUCCGGAGAUGUGUAAUGAAGGAAUGUGGGAGAGAGAACUGUCUGGAGCGGCUCCCCCCUUUGAACCCUGAACUGUUUGAAGUGAUGGACAGGCGAUACCCCAGCAGGGGGAUAAAAAGGGACAGGUUCGCUAAGGCAGGACACACGCCACCCGAGGUAACGAGACCCUGGAAGCGGUGCGCCUCUCACGAGUGGGUGAGAAGUGCCAGACAACGACAAGGGUGGAAAGGUACGAUCAGCGGGAACCUGGUGUGUGUCCGCCCUUGCCUGGGUGCUGGGUUCACUGCAGAGGAUCGACCGCAUCUGGAGGAGGGGUCACAGUCGGUGACCUCAGGUGACAUCACCAAGGACCCGCCCAAAAAGUUGCUUGUGAGCCAUCUCGCCGGUCUGUGAGUGAAGCCGUUCUGAAUGAUCAGUUGUUCCUGUUCUCUCUGUCUCUUCCCCCACCUUGUCCAUCGCCAUGGCAACGAUUACUGCGAACUGAACUACUAACUGGACUGAACUUUGAGUCAUUUUGAAAUUGGUCAUUUACCCCUAGACAACGAUAGAGCUUGAUUGAUGCUGUUAUCUUAAUUCUGUGCACAUGUGCGUUUAUCAUCGCUGAACUGUUGCAUUUAUUAUCCUUUCGAUUAAUGUGUUGCUUGUUUCUUUAAUAAAACUUUCUUAGUUCUAGUACUCCAGACUCCAA